CCCCAUCUUUCUCCCUCUCACCGACAUCCCUUCACCUCUCUCCUCUGCCUCACCAAAAUCAAAUCAAAUUAAGAUUGAACCAUGAAAAGCAAGAAAACAGUAUCUAUCUCGAUCGGCUCCGCACAAUUCAGAUAUUUCAUAAUUCCAUUAAGCUUGACUUAGAUGGGCUUGCCACGCUUCGAGUCCGUGCCUUUUUGAAAUGCUAAUGAUCACGAGAUGUUUGGGGCCAUUGAAUUCUCAAUUUCAUUUCUUGCAUCAGGCUGGUCAUACAGCUUUUGAAGAUGCUCGAAAGCAAAUGGAUGAUAUAUUGGGAAGGAUCGAAACAAAAACUGCUGGCAUUUCAAAAAUUCAAAGUGAAUUAGAAAAGAGCAAGCUUGAAGGAAUGGAAGCUCGUAAAGAGGAACAGGAUUACAUCAAAGAACAAGAAGCUCUGAUUCCUUGUGAACAAGCUGCAAGACAGAAGGUUGCAGAACUUAAGUCCAUUUUGGAUUCUGAAAGGAGUCAAGGAACAGUUUUAAAAGCAAUUUUACAUGCUAAGGAAUCCAACCGAAUACAGGGAUUACAUGGCCGAAUGGGUGAUUUAGGUGCUAUUGACGCAAAAUAUGACGUUGCCAUAUCAACAGCUUGCUCUGGACUUGACUACAUUGUGGUGGAAACAACUAGUGCAGCACAAGCAUGUGUUGAGCUACUCCGAAGGGAGAAUCUUGGGAUUGCAACUUUUAUGAUAUUGGAAAAGCAAGUUGAUCUUUUACCAAAGUUGAAGGAGAAUGUCAGCACUGCAGAAGGCGCUCCACGCCUUUUUGAUUUAGUUAGAGUUAAGGAUGAGAGAAUGAAACUUGCAUUCUAUUCAGCAUUGGGAAAUACCAUUGUAGCUAAAGAUCUUGACCAGGCGACAGGCAUUGCAUAUGGUGGUAACAGAGAAUUUCGACGAGUGGUAGCACUUGAUGGUGCACUAUUUGAAAAAUCUGGUACUAUGAGCGGUGGGGGUAGUAAGCCGCGUGGUGGUAAGAUGGGCACUUCUAUUCGUGCUGCCAGUGUUUCUGGGGAAGCUGUUGCAAAUGCUGAGAAGGAGCUCGCAGGCAUGGUUGAUUCACUAAAUAACAUCCGCCAACAAAUUGCUGAUGCAGUGCGGAGAUAUCAAGGCUCAGAAAAAACAGUUGCACGCUUGGAGAUGGAAUUAGCUAAAUGCCAGAAAGAGAUCGACAGUUUGAAUUCACAACAUAGUUAUCUUGAGAAACAAAUUGGUUCCCUGGAGGCUGCAUCACAGCCGAAGAAGGAUGAGAUUGAUCGGCCAGCUGAACUAAAGAAUGUUAUUUCUCUUGAAGAAAAGGAGAUGGAUAAACUUACACAAGGGUCUAAGCAGCUGAAGGAGAAGGCCUUGAAGCUACAGAGUAAUAUAGAAAAUGCUGGUGGUGAAAGACUAAAAGCACAGAAGUUAACGGUCAAUAAUAUUCAGUCUGUUACUGAUCAAAAGAACACUGAGAUUGACCGCCGCAAAGUCCAAAUUGAGACUGGCCAGAAAACACUAAAGAAGCGGACAAAGGUGAUUGAAGAAUCGAACAUUGAGAAAGAACGACUUGAGAAGGAGAAGGAAAAAUUGUCUGACAAAUUCAAAGAUAUAGAACAGAAGGCGUUUAAAGUUAAAGAGAAAUACGAGGAAAUACAGAAGCUGAUUGAUAAACAUAGAGAUGUGUUGGAUGAAGCGAAAUCUGACUAUAACAAGAUGAAAGGGACUGUGGAUGACUUGCGGGCAUCAGAGGUUGAUGCUGACUUUAAAUUACAAGAUAUGAAGAAGCUAGGAAAGGAGCUGGAGUUGAAGGAGAAGGGUUACAAGAAAAGGCUUGCCGACUUGCAUACUGCCCUUAUAAAGCAUAUGGAACAAAUUCAGAAAGACUUGGUGGACUCUGAAAAGCUUCAAGCAACCUUGGCAGAUGAAGUCCUAAAUAACCCUUGUGACCUUAAAAGGGCCCUUGAAAUGGUAGCACUUCUUGAAGCGCAAUUGAAAGAGAUGAAUCCGAAUCUUGAUUCAAUUGCAGAGUAUCGGAGAAAGGUCUCAUCAUAUAAUGAACGAGUUGAGGAUCUUAACAUGGUCACUCAACAGCGUGAUGACAUAAAGAGGCAGUAUGAUGAGUGGAGAAAGAAGAGGUUGGAUGAGUUCAUGGCAGGAUUUAAUGCAAUCUCUUUGAAGUUAAAGGAAAUGUAUCAGAUGAUCACGCUGGGAGGUGAUGCAGAACUUGAGCUAGUGGACUCCCUGGACCCUUUCUCUGAAGGUGUUGUUUUCAGCGUCAGACCGCCAAAGAAGAGUUGGAAGAAUAUUGCAAAUUUAUCUGGUGGUGAAAAGGAAUUCAAAAAUUGUAGCUUUUUUGUGUAUCACUUCAGGGAUAUGCAGCGGCUUGCGAAGUGGUUGUUUUGGGAUUGCAAACAUUAUUUUGAUGAAGUGUCUCAGGGAAACUCUUUAUUCAGUUCUUCUUUUCCAGGAUAUAUCCUUUUUCGACAGAGAAGCAGUUGGUGAUUUAACGAGCAGACUUGGGGCCGAUUGUCAACGAUUAUCUCUUGUUAUUGCGAAUGAUAUGAGUUUGAUCUUACGCAAUGUUCUUCAGGCUGCACAAGAAACACUUUCCUUGAUGAGAACUGUCCGGGUUUAUGGAACUGAAAGAAAAGAAUUUGGAAGGUUCAAGCAAUGGCUAGACAAAGUUGCUUUUGUAAACAUUCGAGAGAGUGUGGCUUAUGGAUUCUGGUGUGUGAGUUUCAGUACUCUUUAUCAUUCUACACAG